AUGGAAAUUUUACGUGCUGAAACCAAUGAAUUUCCACAUUUAAAAGCUACUGAUGGUGGUACAACAAAUAAUAAUAAUAAUAAUAAUAAUAAUUCAUCAACAUCAUCAUCAACUAUAGAUGAAGAUGAUGAUGAUCGAUUUUCGAAUGUUAGUACACAAGAUGAGAAACGUACAACAAAAUCUCCUGUCAAUACUGAAGAUAAAUCAAAAAUCAAUGAUGAAAAUUCAAUAAAUGAUUCACUAGUUCAACCACCGAUUGUUCAAUCAGUUGUUAGUCGAGCAACGUCAACUAUUGAUUAUACACGUCAUCGUGAACGUCUUGCGAAAGAACUUAAAGAUUAUGAAGAUCGUUGGUUAGCACAUAGAAAUUUCCUUCUCUACACACAAGCAUUUAGUAUGAAACCCGAAGAUCGUGAACGUUUAUUUUCACAAAUAAAUUUAACGAAUAAUGAUGAAGCAUUUUCACGUUUAUCAAAAGAAGAACGAGAUCGAUUUUUCGCAGCUGCAUUAUAUAAUCAACAACAGCAACAGCAACAACAAAGUCCCUAUAAUUUUCAUCAAUAUCCAUGGGCAACAGCGCCCCCACCGCCGCCGCCACCUCCACCACCACCAACAUCAUCAUUACUUAUUCCACCGAUACCAUCAACUACAACAGAUCAACAGCAGCAGCAGCAGCAGCAGCAGCAACAACAAAACCAACAACCAAAAUCACCUAGUUCAGAUGAUAGUGGCAAUCAAUCAAAUUCUGGAAGUACAACUGAAUGGACUUUCGAAGAACAAUUUCGUCAGCUUUAUGAAUUAUCCGACGAACCUAAACGCAAAGAAUUUCUCGAUGAUUUAUUUGCAUUCAUGCAAAAACGUGGUACUCCUGUUAAUCGAAUUCCUAUCAUGGCAAAACAUGUUCUUGAUUUAUAUGAAUUAUUUCGUUUGGUUGUGGGAAAAGGCGGUCUCGUCGAAGUAAUUAACAAGAAAUUGUGGCGUGAAGUGACGAAAGGUCUCAAUUUACCAAGCUCGAUUACUAGUGCUGCCUUUACUCUACGUACACAAUAUAUGAAGUAUUUAUAUCCAUAUGAAUGCGAAAAAUUACAAUUAAGUUCGCCGGGUGAAUUGCAAGCAGCAAUUGAAGGCAAUCGACGUGAAGGACGUAGACCAUCAUAUGCAUUUGAAUAUUCUUCACCACCACAAAUAAUGGCACCACCACCACCCCCAACAUCAUCAGCAGCAAGUGCCUUUCUUGCUAGUCCAUUAGCACAUCGACCAAUGGACCCUAAUCAUGGCCAUGAAGCAAUGCAACAUGCAGCUAUGGCUGCUGCUCUAUCUCAUCCAUUUUUUCUUGCAGCUGCAGCAGCUUCAUCACGCGAUGGUAAUCAUUCAUCAAUUGAACCAUCGUCAAUACCAAGAAUUCCUUCAUUUGAUGAUCAUCAUCAUCUUCAUCAUCAUCAUCAUUUACAAUCAUCAUCACCAACAUCAAUUAUUCCAACAAAUAAACUAUUCGAGCGAUCAUCAACAAUAACCAAACGAAGCCUCUCACCAUCAUUAUCUAAACAGCAAAAUGAUGAUAAUAAUUCAUAUUCAAAAAAACCCAUAACAGCAAUAAAUAAUAUUCGUUCAACAUGUUUUGCACCAGUGACAAAUAAUAAUAAUAAUAAUAAUAAUAACAAUAAUAAUAGUUCAUCAUCAUCAUCAUCAACAUCAUCAUCAUCAUCAUCAUCAUCAUCAUUAUUAUCGCCAGCUAGCAAAUUAAAAAUUAUUGCGAAAGAAAACAAUCCUGACCAAGAAAAAUCAAUUACAAUAUCAAUUGAAUUAAAUGGUAUUGUAUAUCAGGGAACAUUGUAUCCAACAAAUUUAUUGACUGGUAGCAAAGAGUGA